CACGACCCCACUGCGCCCGCGGCCCACCUAUAAUGACGUCGUGCGGGGUACACAACACGGUCGAUCAUGACCGACGCCCCGGGCUCUGACUCGCCGUAGCAAUGCUCCGUCCACGCCACCCGACGGGGCUGUGCACUGCGAUCCCGAGCUCCAGCCACCGCCAGCCACCGGCCGCGCAGCCACAGGCUCGCCCCGCUGCCAGUUGGCCCUUCCGCACGCUUCUCCAGAUCCCAUCCGUUCCCGCGACGCCCGCGAUUGCCUCUAGCUCGCCGGUCGCGUUCUCUUCCCCCUUCCGGCUCUUACAGUUGCGGACCAUCGUCUCGGGCUCGAUCGCACCUUCCUUUCGCAGCCUCGGUCGCAAAUCCGUCGGCCCCGCUGCUGGCCCCGUCAUACGCCGUCCUGCCGCCCCCACGCCCUUUCGCACGGACCACCGGUGCAUAACGCAGAGACCGACAAGUCGGUGGCGAUCUCACCGUCUGUAUCUCCGUGACAAUCCUCGUCUGCAUCCGGUCCCGCGUCUCCGACAUCACGCAAGCAUGCCCCGCGCGGUUCGAAUUCGAAUUUGGCCCCUUCUCAAUUUGCGGUGGCGAGAUCACCGUUGCAUACAUACAUCUGAGAUCUGGAAUCUCAUUUGCGGUGGCUUCGCGCGCAGACGGACACGCAGUGAAUUCGUGCUGGCUACGCGUCUGCUCUCGACGCGACGGUCAGAUCCGCUGUACUGGUAUUCAAUACUUGAGUGGACCACGGGCUGGUCUCAUGCAUGGAUUGAAAUAUGCGCUAUCGGAGUGCAGCGAUCGGAAGACACGGCUCUUCACCUCGCUUGCCAUCCUCGUCCUCAAGUGCCUCCACAUCCAGGGACCUUCGCUUGACAUCGACCAACACUGCUGCUGCACGGUCCAAACUCGGGCCCGGGCCUGCACAAGACUUGCGUGCCCAGAUCGCAAACGUGUACCAUCCAUCUCACCGUUACCAGUCGUACGGCAAACUCAACGGCAGUUACGGCACACUAUGGGCCUCGGCCAGCAGAACGCACAACACGGAACGCCCUGCGACCGCGCGCCUGAGUCUAUCACUCGCGAAGCUUCAGCGCACUCGAGCGCU